AACAUUCAGCCAAGUCUUAUUUUGGGUUUAGGGAAGUGCGGCGAGGGUUUUAGUUUUAAGGAUCUUCGAAACCAAAUCUCUGAAACUCCGAGGUUUUGUGUUGUAUGAGAUGGCUUUUGUUCAGCGCAUGCUUCGCCACACCCCACUUCUUCGCUCUCACUUUGCUUCCAUUCGUCUCAGUUCAACUCUCACUUCCCCCAAACUUUUCGUCAGCGGUCUGUCAAGACUGACAACAGAUGAAAAACUUAAGGAAGCAUUUUCUUCUUAUGGGCAGCUGAUUGAUGGUAAUAAUGGGCAUUUUCCCCCUAAUGUACUUGAGUAUAAUAUCCUGAUUUUAGUUCAAUUUAUGUUGUGCUUGACCUUUGGUCAUUUUGACUAUACAGCUAAGGUGAUUACUGAUAGAGCCUCUGGAAGAUCGAAGGGAUUUGGUUUUGUUACUUACACAACCAUUGAAGAAGCUGAAAAGGCAAGAGAAGGAAUGAAUGCUAAGUUUUUGGAUGGUUGGGUUAUAUUUGUCGAUCCUGCUAAACCAAGAGAGCCCAGACCUCCUCAGCAAUCACAGUCUCAGCCCUCUGAAACAGGUUUUACAGUUAACAAAACAGUCGGGUGGUGUGGUUGAUUAUUAAAGAAACUUCGAUUAUGCUCACGAUGUUGUGAUGAUUUUUUCAGACUAUAAUUCAACUCAACCAACUAUACUGCAAUUUGUUGAGAAAUAUUUGUAUCAGUCAGUCAUAAUUGAUGAUUGAACAACUUUGGCAAUGAGGCUUUACUAUUUUUUAUG